AUGAUCAAGCGGCACGAAGACCUGGGCAAGGCAAUUGCCAGUCAGGAGGAGAAGAUCGCCACGCUGUCCAACUACGCCGACCAGCUGGUGCUGCACGGCAACUACGCCGCGCCGGCCAUUGGCGACCGCCUGGCGGCCGUCCUCAAUCGCUGGCGCUCCCUCAAAGACGCCCUCCUCGAGAAGAAGUCAAAGCUGGGCGAGUCAAAGACGCUGCAGCAGUUCAGUCGCGAUGCCGAUGAGAUUGAGGCGUGGAUCGGCGAACGACUGCAGGCGGCGCUGGAUCAGUCGCCGGCGUCGCAUCGAAGCAGUGGUGGUGGAAGCGCUGCCGGCGGUGGCAUUGGUGAUGUGACGAACGUCGCCUCCAAGGUCCAGCAGCACGCCGCCUUUGAGGCGGAGAUCAACGCCAAUGAGGAUCGGGUGAAGGCCGCUUUGGAUGCGGGUGAGGGCCUCCUCGAUGGCCACAAGUGCGGCGCGGGCAAUGAGUCAGCCGUACGGGAUCGCCUGCAGUACAUCACCGAGCAGUGGAACGUGCUGAUUGAGAAGACGGCGGAGAAGACGAUUCGGCUGAAGGAGGCCAACAGACGGCGGGACUACAAUGCCGCCGUGAAGGACCUCGACUUUUGGCUCACCGAGACGGAGGGACUGCUGAAGGAAACGGAGAGUGAGGUGGAGAAGGAGAAGGACGUUUCGAAGACCAAUCCUGCUUCCAAAGAUAAUCUGGCGGCGGUGCAAGCGGCGGCGAAGAAACACGCCGCCCUCGAGGCGGACAUUGCCGCUCGAGGCGAACGCAUCAAGGACAUGAACGCGCUGGCUGAUGCGCUGAUUGAGGCGUCAGCAACGGCGCCGUCCGCAGAGGACGGACAGACACAACAGCAAACCGCGGCCCAGCCACUCGACUCGCCGGUGCUCGCCGAACGCCGAGCGGCCGUCAACGAGCGCUACGAGCGGCUGAAGACGCUGGCCGACUUUCGCCGGGACCGCCUCGCCGAAGCUGUCCGCCUCCAUUCGCUGCUGCGCGACAUUGCCGACCAGGAGGCGUGGAUCGCCGAGCGGCGACGCCUGCUCGACACCGGCGACUACGGCAAGGACCUGCCGGCGGUGAACAGCCUGCGGAAGAAGCAGAAGCGCUUCGAGGCGGAGGUGGCCGCCCACGAGCCGGCGCUGCGAGCGGUGGCCGAGGCGGGGCAGUUGCUGCUGGCAGAGCAACGGUCGCCCGGCAGCGCCGGAGGCGGUGGCAGCGGUCUCCCGGAGCUGUCCGUCGUCAGCCCCGAGCUGGAGACGCGCCUGCAGACGCUGGAGGCGAACUGGACGGCUCUGAAGGCGGCCUGUGCAGCCCGGAGCGACCGCCUCGAGGAGGCACUAGUGUACCGGCAGUUUGUCGGUCAGCUGGAGGAGGAGGAGGCGUGGAUCGCCGAGCAGCGGUCGCUGCUGGAGGUGACCGCCAUUGAAUCGGAUCCGUCGCCCUUUGCCCUCGGCGACUCGAUGGCCGCUGUGCAGGGCCAGCUGAAGAAGGCGGUGCUGUUCAGCGAGGGCGACUACGCGCUGCACAGCGGCCAGCGCCUCGAAGACCUGACCGCUACCGGGCGCGGGCUGAUGGCCGAGGAGGGCUGCCACUAUCGCGAGGAGAUUGAGCAGAGGCUAAAGGCGCUCCGGGAGAAGUUGGAGGAGCUGGAGCGGCUGGCGGAGGAGCGUCGUCGUCGGCUGAAGGACCACUUUGACUACCUGCAGUACCUGUGGAAGGCGGACGUGGUGGAGGGGUGGAUCGCGGAGAAAGAGGCAGCGGCGGCGGGAGCAGGCGACGAUCUGACCGGGCGCGACUACUCGGCCGUUUCCACGCUGAUCACAAAGCAGGAAGCCUUCGAGAGCACGCUGGCCGCCUUUGAGGCGGAAGGCGUCGCCAGCAUCACCUCGCUGAAGGAGACGCUGGCCGGCGAGGAGCGGCGGCACGAGCAGCGCGAGGCGAUCCAGCGCCGCCAUGACCAGCUGAUGAGCCGCUGGCACAAUUUGAGGGGGCUGACAGAAGCGCGCCGGCACCGCCUGGCCGCCCUCCAGCGCCAGUACGGCGACAUUGAGGAGCUCUUUCUGGCGUUUGCAAAGAAAGCGAGCGCCUUCAACAGCUGGUUCGAAAACGCCGAGGAGGAUCUGACCGAUCCAGUGCGCUGCCACUCGGUGGAGGAGAUCGUGGCGCUGCAGGAAGCGCAUCGGGCGUUUGUCGCCUCUCUGGGUGGCGCCCAGCGCGACUAUGAGACGCUGGCGGAGCUGGACAAAAAGAUCAAGGCGUACAGCCUGGGCGCCAACCCCUACACCUGGUUCACCAUGGAGGCGCUAGAGGAGACGUGGCGCAAUCUGGCGAAGAUAGUUCGCGAGCGCGAGGCGGACCUUGCGGCGGAGCACCAGCGCCAGCUGGACAAUGACAAGCUGCGGCUGGAGUACGCUCAGCUGGCCGACCGGUGCCAUGCGUGGAUUUCCGAUAUGAGAUACUCCCUCAUGGAGACGCAGGGCACCCUGGAGGAACAGCUGGCGAGCGCCGUCAGCAAGUCGGCGGAGAUUGCCGCCAAGCGAGAGGAACUGAAGCGGAUCGAGGCGCUCUCCAGCUCCCUCGAGGAGCAGCUGAUCCUGGAGAACCGCUACACCAACCACAGCGCCCUCAGCCUGGGCCAGGCCUGGGACCAGUUGAAUCAGCUGGCGAUGCGCAUGCAGCACAACCUGCAGCAGCAGAUCCAGGCGAAGAACCGGUCGGGCGUCAGCGAGGAGGCGCUGAAGGAGUUCACGAUGAUGUUCAAGCACUUUGACCGGGAACGGCAGGGCUGGCUGGCCCAUGCGCCCCUGAAGAGCUGCAUGCGCGGCCUCGGCUACGACCUGCCGAUGGUGGAGGAGGGCGAACGGGAUCCGGAGUGGGAGGCGAUCCUCGACGCGGUCGAUCCGGCCCGCAGCGGCCGCGUCUACCUGCACGACUACAUCGCCUACAUGAUCAGCAAGGAGACGGAAAAUAUCAGCACCAGCGAUGAGGUCCUGUCGGCCUUCAGGGCCAUCGCCUCCGAUCGGCCGUACGUGACGCUGGAGGAGCUCAAUGCGAACCUACCUCGCGACAAGGUGGCCUACUGCGUGGCGAGGAUGACGCCCUACGUGGAGGCGAAGACGGGCCGGGAGAUCAAGGACGCCUACGACUACAGCGGCUUUGUGGGGAAGCUUUUCGUUUAG